UGGAACUAGGCUCGCAGGGUCUCUCUGUCCCUCUCCCCCAUUCCUCCCCCGCCGCCGCCGCCGCCGCCGACGAAAAUGUUGGCGGCUCGCCGGCACGCCGCCUCCACCCCCGCUCCCCUCCUCCUCCGCCGCCUCUCCGCCCAGCCCAAGCCGCAGCCCAAGGCCGCUCCGCCUCCACCUCCUCCGCCCCCGCCGUCGGACGAGGGGGCCGCGGCGUGGGCCCGUCGCGCGGCCGCGCUCUCGCUGCUGGGGCUCACCGGCGCCGUCGCCGCCAGCGCCUUCAGCGACCUCUCCGUCUUCCUCUCCUGCUCCAGCCAGGCAAUGGAGAAGGCUACCAAGAACCAGCAGAUAGCGAGCGCGAUCGGCGAGCCCAUCAUGCGGGGACCCUGGUACAGCGCCUCCAUCGCCGUGAACCGCGCGAGGCGCUCCGUCUCCUGCACUUUCCCCGUGUCGGGGCCCCAGGGCGACGGUCUUCUCAAGUUCAAGGCCGUUCGAUUGGGAGAGGAAUCAUGGUUUCGGUUUCUACAGCGCAGCGACUGGGAGAUACUCAUAAUGGACGCCAUCCUUGACGUUCGUACCGAAGAUGGGAAGCGCCAGACAAUGAGGGUGACAGUCGCAGACAGCACGCCAGCUCCACCUCGACCACCAGCUGACUGCAGGUCAUGCAAGCCCCGGCCAACGCCGACGCCGAAGGCUACAGCGGUGCCGACGCCGACACCUACAGCGGUGCCACCUCCGACUCAGGAGAAGUGAUGAUCAUCUGGAGACAUUCUUUGGCCUGUAGUCUGAACAUAGCUAGCAUGGAGUGAUUGUUUUGCUAUGCCUCAUCCCUGAGAGUGAGAGAGAAAUAAAGUAGUGCACGCUGGACCAAGCAUGAGAUUGGUGGAUUAUUUUCUCAUGUACUGGCGCAUGAUACUAGUACAUCAUAGAAUAGGUUACACGGGUGUUUUGUUUCGCGGCGAGGCCAAUGCCGCGCAAUAUCUCACAAAACAAGACCUGGAGAGGCUAGCAACGGCAACAUUUUGACUAGAGCUCAAAUUCUUUUGUUGGUUCAUCAUUCAUUCAGGAUAUCUUUCGCUGCUUGCGGACUUGCAAUGCGGCUGUCUGUAAUACAUACGGACACACGUUAGAGAGCAUGCCAAAUUAUCAUUUAUGAGAUGGUUGUUCCAGAUUACACUGA